AUGGUGCCGCGUUUUCCACUUCCUCUUCUGACACCGAGUAACUAUGACAGUUACUCUGUGUCAGAAGAGGUGACAACAAUUAGAUGGCACUCCUCACAAGUGAACGAAUUGAACGUAGAAGCGCGCCGGAAUGUCGCGAAGAAGCGAGGUGAUAAUUAUGCAAGGGAUGAAUUUAAACGCCAUAAGAAAUGUAAUCCAGAAGAAGCUCGUAUAUUUUUGAAUGAGUGGACGGAUUAUGCUAUUAAAUUAGCGAAGCAAAUGAAGCCAUUACAACAAGCCAAAAAGAAGGAAGUUGGUAAAUAUCUUGACCCUAAGUUGCUUGAUUAUAUGACGGAAGAUCAACUUAUCCAAUUAUACGAGUUACAUAAAGCUGCUUCACUGGACCCUGAACAACCUACUAGUACAUCCAGUAAUAACAAACAU